UUGCUGGCGUAGGGCUGCAGUUUGAUGGCUCCUACUAAAUGAAUGGGAGAAUGGAUGAGGAAGACACACUGCUGGUCAGAUAGUGCGCACUGCUGACCUCCGCAAACAUUAUAAGGAUUUUAUUAUCACAUUUGGUAUAGUUUGGUAUUUCUUUGCAGGGCUGGGUGACCUCCCUAACUGUAUUCUUUAUUGUAGGACACGAGUGAGGACACAGCAUGCUGUUGUCCCUGAAGACCCUGCUGCUGCUCUCGGUCCUGUGCACGCCGACCUCCAGCCUGUGCCUCCGCCUCUACUCCCGCUCCGAUCUGCUGUGCGACGACCAGAUGGCCGUCGGGGUUCAGAGCGAGGAGGACGAGCCGGGUUACUCCCCCGUGGACGAUUGGGGGUCCCUGCUGCAGACCGCGGAGUAUCUCUCCUCAUCCUCCACCUCUUCUUCUACUGAGUCCAGCCGGGAAAAAAGGACUUCAAGUCCCACAAACUACCGCUUCGUGAGCGGGACGAAGCUCAGGGGGCUGAUGGCCCGCAACAGCAGCAAAGGGGACCGGAGGAGCAGGCUGACCCUGUCCCUGGACGUCCCGACCAACAUCAUGAACGUCCUCUUUGAUGUCGCCAAGGCCAAAAAGAUGCGAGCCAAGGCGGCGGAGAACGCGCUCCUGCUGGCUAAGAUUGGAAGGAGAAAGUGAACACGUUGAACAACUUAGAUCUUAACAGCCAUGACCUGUGUUGGCCCCCACCGUCACUCAUAUGUGAUGAAUUCUUAUUCACUUUAAAGUGGGCUACUCCUUUUGAUUUCUUGCUCCAGGGGAAGAUUAUUUUCUUUCCAGUCACAUUACAGGUAAAAUAAGCAUUUUGAAUAUAAUUAAGUUGCUCUCAUGUGAAGAGUUAUUGGCUUAUUAUUAUUAUUAUUAUUAUUAUUUUUGCAUUUGCUUCAAUCAAAACACUGGGUAAACUUGGGACAAUGCAUGAUGUAAACUUAUGAAACUUUUUGACCGAAAGUUGGUCGAUGAUUUUAGAUUUUUUUUUUUUAGGACCAAUCAACUUCAAAUUUACGGAUGACGCAAGAUUUGACUGAUACAUACUAAUAAAACUGUUAAAUUGACGAAUUGAUUUGCUCUUAAGUUAAGUUUUAAAGUUUUUUUAUGUUAGAGUUUUGGUUGAAAUCUUGCCUUUGUGAUGAGAAUAAUCCAUGUGUUUCUUAUCAGAAAUGUUGUAGCGACAUCUUAAAUCAAGAUGUAAUAAGGUCAUAAGAAAUAAAGACAACGUUAUUUUGCUUGUCUCAAGAGGAUUGGUCAUUUCAGGCAUGAAAAUGUGAGACGUGUUUUGCAUUGGAAACAGGUGAAAUUGUCUCACACUUUGGCAGGCUCUCUUCAAACCUAAAAAAAAAAUGUUGGGAUUCAUGUACUUUUAGAUUUUCACUCCAAGCAGGAUUAGUAAAGACAGAGUUUUUUUGUCAGUAAAAUGAAUGUUUAACGUGGUUAGUUUGCCCCAGAGUCAUCAAUUCUUAAGUCUUGGACUAAACAAGAAGAACACAGCAGUUGAGGUCAUCAAAUUGUAUGUCGUUAGCAAAAGACCACUGAAAGGUUUUGUAAUUAUGUUGCAUAAUCAUAACAUUUGAUAGUAUGAUGUGUUUUUUUUCUCUUUGCUGCUAUAUUUAUUUAGGGGGUUUGCUGUUUAGAAGUUCACAUGGAAGCCGAUAAUGAUUUCAGAUUGUAGUGUGAAACAUCAACAUUAACACAACACUGAACACUGAUUCUGAAAUAUUGAACAACCAACUGUAAGAUCAUGAAAUACAGUAAAACGCAAGUGCAUGAGAAUGUAUGUGUUCAUCAGAUGUCUGUUAUUUUUAUACUUAAAAUAAAUGAUUAUUUUCCCUCAAAUAAAGCAGAUGUAACU